CAACCACGACCAGGUGUUGCAAAACAUGACCAUACACGCCCAAUAACACACAAAAUCCGAACAUUCCCAGCACUGCACAUACGCAAGACGAUGUUCAACGCCCUCAACCGCUUCAUAUCCCGCCUCGACGGGGAUGCGCCUUCCCACAGGGAGAGCCAUGGCGCAUUCGGAUUCCAGGUCCUGCGCAACGAGAACCUCCAGCUGGGCAUUGAGCCGUGGUUCGACUUCAUUGUGGGGAUCAACGGCCGCAUGAUUGAUGACUCGGAUCCGCGGCUCUUCUCGCAGGAGGUCCGGAAUUGCGCCGGCGGCUCUGUCACGCUGGGUCUCUGGAGUGCCAAGGGCCAACGGACAAGAACGAUGCACAUCCCCGUCCCCGCAGACACCGGCUCGAUAGGGCUGACCUUACAGUGGACCCACUUGUCCGUCGCCUCCAACAUCUGGCACGUCCUCGACGUUGCCGCCAACUCUCCAGCGGAUAUAGGAGGCCUGCUCCCGUACAGCGACUACAUCCUCGGCACCCCGGAGGGCGUCUUACACGGGGAGAGCGGCCUCAGCGAGCUGGUGGAGGACCACAUCGGCAGGCCGCUGCGGCUAUACGUCUACAACAACGAAUACGACGUCACCCGAGAAGUCACCAUCCAGCCGAGCCGGGACUGGGGCGGCGAAGGAGCCCUGGGCUGCGUCCUGGGAUACGGCGCCCUCCACCGGCUGCCCGCACCCCUGAGCGAGCCCGUGUCGGCGCCCGGCGAGACCCUCUUCGACGGCGAGCCCGACGACACGACGACGGCGCAGGCGCAGUUCGCCCCCGCACUAGGCCCAUCGGAAGCCUCCAGCACAUUCGUCCCGGCAGCGGCAGCCUCGCCGUCCGGCGACUUCCUCGUCCCGGCGCAGAUGGUGGGCGCUGCGCCUGCCGGCGGCCCGGCUCCGGGCCCGGGUCGGGGCAAGAAGAAGGAUAGGCAUGAGAGGCACGGACACAGCCCCAAUCGGCUGAUGGACGACUAUUUCAAGGAGGAGGAGCAGAAGAGCAAGGAGCUGGACCACGCUCCCGGCGGCGACAGUGGUCGGCAUACGCCCGUUGCCCCUCCUCCCAAGGCAGGCGGACCUCCAAAGGCCGGUGGUCCUCCAAAGGGGCCGCCCAAGGCAGCAGAAGACAAGGCGAAAUCAGAAGAUGAGGACGGCGGGGAUGGCGGGGAUUAGGUAAACCAUCUGCUUAUCAUGGCUCUAGCAAAUACUAGCAACUCUUUUCGUCGCGGACUGCUGAA